AUGGUACUGUGGAGGAGGAUAAGGUCACUUUCUGUGUGCUCGGUACUUAUGGAAAUCGCAUGUACCGAUGAAGUUAAAGUUUAUAAAGAUGAGGGUGAGGAGGAUGAGCAAAAGAAGUCAUCGGAAAACUUAACUGAAGACAAAGUUGGAUUGGUCAUUGAGGGUGAAGGCCAGUGUGCACAGAAGGGAGCAUUUAAUUUUGGAUUUUUAUCUCUAAAUGAUUACUAUCAUUCGUUCUUUCCUCUGCCUUUUGUUACCGGUUCUCCAUCGUUCGCCGCCACUGCUUCUCCGUAUGCGGCAGCUGCAGCGGCUGUGGCUGCAGCAGCAGCUGCCGCUGCGGCUGCCCAUCAACAGAGCCAAGAUGUUCUGCAUCAACCAUCCUACCCUCCUUCAUCACUAUCAUCAUCAUCUUCGCCCUGUGGAUCUGAUAGCUUUGCAAGACUAGCUCAUACAGUUACUGGUGGAGCAAAGAGUUCAUGUUCACAGUCAAUCAAUCAUGAUACACCCUCCAGUUUGAAUGCAGAUACUACUGUACCACGAUGUCCUAAUCCCCUUACAAAUCAUCGGUCCUUUUCUGAUUCCCAAACCAAUUGUGUUUCACCGAUACUGCCUCCAUUCGGUGCACUCACUCCCUCGUUGAGCGCUUUCAUGGCUGGACCAUUCUACGGUGCUGCUUUACAAGCAGCUGCAGUGGCUGCAGCUGUUUCCUCUGGUUCAUCUAGUCCAAAACUUCAAUCUUCACCAUGGCCUCAGUCAAGUGUUCAAUCACCUGUGCCUUUCAGAAUUCCAACCCCGAAAUCUUCAUCUUUAUCCAAUUUUUCUGUUUAUGAUAAUCAUCUCUCCUCACAGACAAAAUCAUCACCGUCUGUUAUAGCUGUAGCUGCGGCAGCUGCAGCUGCUGCUGCUCUCACUCACUCCCCAUCAUCAACAUCAGCUGCAGCGGCAGCUGCAUUUCAUUCAGAGUUAAUCAAAGCAGCGAAUUUAUAUAAAACUGGAAAUUCGAGUCAACGAUUUUUACCAAACCAGAGUUCAUAUCAUUCCUUGGUCAUCAUGAUAAUUUAUUAUCACCGUUUGGGAUUAAUGGUGGUAAUAGUAAUUUACUCUCAUCGCCUUCCCGAUCUUCAAUUCUGGUGA